UGGUUUUUGUUUUUCCAUCUAUAAAUACUGGAACCUGACUGAUGGCAGUCAGUUGAAGCUGAGUUUCACAACUGAACACAAUGAAAUCGUUUGGACUAAUCGCUCUCACUGUUUGCGGCGUUCUUUGCGUUGCUGCUGAGGCACAACAGACCUAUGACGGUCGCAAUGGUCCACAUGUCUUUGGAUCCCCGGGCAAUCAGGUCUACAUUAGGGGGCAAAAUGAAGGCGCCUAUUCAGUGCCUGGAGUGGGUGGCCAGUUCCAGAACUCUCCUCAAAAGGGAGAGCAUGUCUAUACCGAUGACCUGGGGAACACUUUUGUGAACCGAAAGAACGCCGGUGGUCCAGCUUCCCACACCGUCAGUGGUCCGAGCUUUUCCGCCCAGAACUUGGGUCCCGCCCGCCAGGAUGCUCCUUAUAGAGCUGGGGGAAACGCACAACGUGGCCGUCGCAGUCCGCAAUUUCACGUAGAGCGCCCCGAUCGCACUGUUGAUUUUGGAAACGGCGGAUUCAACAUUCAACGAGGCCGUCGCAGUCCGCAGCUUGUGGUGGCCCGUCCAGAUCGCACCGUCGUCGUCGGUAACGGUGGAUUUUACGUUCAACGCAGUCGCCGCAGUCCACAGUUCCAUGUUGAGCGUCCAGAUCGCACUGUAGACUUUGGAAAUGGCGGCUUCUCCGUUCAACGAUUCCGUCGCGGAAUCAACGAUGCCCGAGUCCAAGGUGAAAACUUCGUGGCUCGUGGGAAUCAGGCUGGUGUAUGGGAUAGCAACGUUUCCGUUUGGAAGCGUCCGGAUGGACGUACUGUUACCCUUGACAACAAUGGAAAUGCCAUCGUUUCGGGACGGCGCGGGACCCAGCAUUACUCCUAAAAUGGUUCCAAAUAAAUAACACCUUAGACUUUGUAAUAUAAACAAUUCGAGACUAUGUAUAUAGGUACUUAAAUCACAUGAUAUCUGAAUACAUAAAAAAUAUCCCAAAAACUA